UGCUCUGUGGGCUCGGCGGUUUCCGUCAGGACUCAGAACACUCCCUCCCCCGCUCCACUCAACGCACUCUCUCGGUGCUCUUCGCUCUCGGCUGUUUCCGUGAUCUUCCCUGCUUGCGCAGAACUUGGCUCCGCCCAUAGGAGGCGGGCUCAGCGGCUCGCUCGGGAUCAUGGCUGCAGCCCCAUCUCUGGCUCUGGCUGCUGCUGCUGCUGCCUCCUUUUCCUCCUCCUCCUCUUCUCCUGCUGCCGCCACCGCUGCCGCUGCUGCUGCCACUGCUGCUGGAGGUGGAAGCCACGCUGCAGGCUCGGGGUGACGGCUGCAAAGAGGCCAGGUCUCCGUCAGAGCUGUGGCCCCCCCCGGACCCGGGCCGUCCUCCCUGGGGUCCCCCCCGGACCGGAGCAUGGUGAGGCGGGCCCUGUGCUCCAUCGUCUGGCUCAGUCGGGGCUUCAAGCUGCGGAAAAGCGGCUAGGCCGUGUGCGGCCCCCCCGCUCGCCCAGGGGCGCCAUGGCCAGCGCCGAGGGCUUCCAGUACCGGGCCCUGUACCAGUACCACAAGGAGCGCGAGGAGGACCUGGACCUGCUGCCCGGGGACAUCCUGGUGGUGAGCAAGGGCACGCUGGAGGCGCUCGGCUACCAGGACGGGGACGAGCAGAGCCCGCAGCACAUCGGCUGGAUCCUGGGCGUCAACGAGCGCACCAAGCAGAAGGGCGACUUCCCGGGCACCUACGUGGAGUACCUGGGGCCCGUCAAGAUCGCCCUGCCCUCCCACCGCCCCCGAGGCCACCGGCCGCUGCCCGCUACGCCGGGCCGGCCAAGGGACUCCCCGGAGCCAGCGGGUGCCCUGCUCCCCGACCUGCCUGAGCAGUUUGUGCCUCCUGAGGUGGCGCCACCCAUCCUUCAGAAGUUGGUGGAAGCCAUUGAACGAAAAGGGCUGGACAGUGACGCGCUCUACAGACCAUCUUCUGAGCCGAGGCCCCCAAAGAUCGACUGGACUCUGAGUGACGUAGAUCAAUGGGAUGUGACUGCCCUCUCCGAGGCCCUGAAGGGCUACCUCCAAGCACUGCCCAGGCCCCUCGUGCCCCCUGGAGCCCAUGGGGAUAUCCUCCAUGCCUUACAGGAGACAGCCAGCCCAGCUGCAACAGCGGGGUGGAGAAGACAGCAGCUGCAGGUGGCGCUCGAGCCCCCCGUGGUUCCCCUUCACAAUGCCCUGACUCUGCGCUUCCUGCUCCAGCACUUGGGGAGAGUGGCCCAGCGGGCCCGAGCACAGGGCAGUGGAUUGGGCCCCCAGGCCCUCGGGGAGAUCUUUGGACCUCUCCUGCUUAGGCUGCCGGCCACUGGGACUGAGCAGAGCCCGGACUUCUCAGCCUUGUUCUUGGAAAUGCUGCUGCAGGACCAGGAGGAGGAGCAGGAGCCGCCCCCUCCAGCCCUACCCCCAAAGCCUCCCAAACCCAAGGUCCAGGCUGGCAGCCUGUCUAACGGGAGCAGCGCCCCUCUCCAGGAAGCCGAAUGGUACUGGGGCGACAUUUCCAGAGAAGAGGUGAAUGAGAAACUUCGUGACACUCCGGACGGCACCUUCCUCGUCCGGGAUGCAUCUAGCAAGAUCCAGGGCGAAUACACCCUGACCCUCAGGAAGGGCGGCAACAACAAGCUGAUCAAAGUCUUCCACCGAGACGGGCAGUACGGCUUCUCGGAACCCCUGACCUUCAGCUCUGUGGUGGAGCUCAUCACCCACUACAGGCACGAGUCGCUGGCCCAGUACAACGCCAAGCUGGACACCCGGCUGCUCUAUCCUGUGUCCAAGCACCAGCAGGACCAGGUGGUGAAGGAGGACAGCGUGGAGGCCGUUGGAGAACAGCUGAAAGUGUACCAUCAGCAGUAUCAGGACAAGAGCCGAGAAUACGACCUGCUCUAUGAGGAAUAUACGCGCACUUCCCAGGAGCUGCAGAUGAAGCGAACAGCCAUCGAGGCCUUCAACGAGACCAUCAAAAUCUUCGAGGAGCAGGGCCAGACGCAGGAGAAGUGUAGCAAGGAUUACCUGGAGCGCUUCCGGCGGGAGGGCAACGAGAAGGAGAUUCAGCGGAUCCUGAUGAAUUCAGAGAAACUCAAGUCCCGGAUAGCCGAGAUCCACGACAGCAAAAUGAAGCUGGAACAGGACUUGCGGGCGCAGGCGGCCGACAACCGCGAGAUCGACAAGCGCAUGAACAGCCUCAAGCCUGACCUCAUGCAGCUGCGGAAAAUCCGGGACCAGUAUCUAGUGUGGCUGACCCAGAAGGGAGCCCGACAGAAGAAGAUUAAUGAGUGGCUGGGAAUCAAAAAUGAGACGGAAGACCAGUAUUCCAUGGUGGACGAGGAAGAGGACCUGCCCCAUCACGAGGAGCGGACGUGGUACGUGGGAAGAUCACGAGGGCGCGCCGAGGAGAUGCUCAGCGGCAAGCGGGAUGGCACCUUCCUGAUCCGCGAGAGCAGCCAGAGGGGCUGUUACGCCUGCUCCGUGGUGGUGGACGGGGACACCAAGCACUGCGUCAUCUACAAGACGGUGACGGGCUACGGCUUCGCCGAGCCCUACAACCUGUACGCCUCCCUCAAGGACCUGGUGCUGCACUACAAGCACACGUCUCGUCAGCACAACGACUCCCUCAACGUGACGCUGGCCCACCCCGUGCUGUCGCCGCCGCCUGCCCGCUGAGGGGCCCGGCCUCCCGGGAGGGAGGGAAGGACGCACGGACAGCCGGCCCGCCCAGGGUCCCUCCCUCCCCCCUCGCCCCCGCCGCCCUGUCCUUGUCCCCCCCCCCCCCCCCCCCCGAGCCAGCUCCCCGCGGGUCUGGUGGCCUCCUGCCUCCCCUCGGCUCGGCCGGGAGGGGAAGUGGGCCGCCCUGGGUCCCGCUCCAUCAGUCCCCCGGAUUUCCUGACCCGGAUGGGUGCCCCCCACCCCCCCCUCCAGGCCAGCGUGAAGCAGCCCUCCUGACCCCCUCGACGCCCUCCCGCAGGGAGCCCUGGGAGCCGCCCCUCUAGCCCACCUCAGCGCUGAGCCCCUGAACAGGGUUGCCUCUGCCUCUGCCCGCACAGCCCUGCCGAUGGGACGCUCACCACUCCUUCCCGCCGCCCUUUCGGCCACUGUGGAAGAGCUCCAGUUGCAGCCGUUUUCUUGUUUGGGAGUCUUCUGGCGAGCAGGGACACCUGAAGCCCGUUUCCCAGGGACGGAGGACGUCCCGCUUUGGCCCCCGGCUUCCCUCGGGACUGGUGCUGCGGGCAGCCUGCCAUGCUUCGUCCGGCCCGCCCGGGCUCCUCCCCCGCCCCCCGCUGGCCCUACGAUCCGGGGACGCUCGCUCUUCCUGUUGUCUCUCCAAUGAGGGGGUUUACCGGAUGUCAAAGCCAUAGGGGCCGGCGAGGCCGAGGCCUCCUCUGGAGGACAGAGGCACGGAGGGGUCGGAGGCCCCGGGGGCAGCCACGGUAGCCCGUGCCCUCUGGGGGGUCCCACGGGCUGGGGCCUGUCUCGGGGCUGCCCUCUGCGUGUGAGUCCGUGUGUGUGUGCGCGUGUGCGCGAGUGGGUGAUGAACAGGACCAAGUAGGCCCCAGAGCGGCCCUCUCUCGGCCCCCGUCCCUCAUUCCUGCAGCCCCCCUCGGGACUUUUUACCUGGGACCCGUGCCAGGCCUCUGGCGAGGGGAUAUGGUCCUCGGUGCCUGGAGCAGAGGCUGGGACUGCGGCUCCUCCGAGGAGUCGGGGUCCCGCAGCCUCCCCCACACUGCCUUUGGGGGCCAAGAGCCACCCCCCCGCCUCGUCCCCCUCUGAGCCACGUAAAGCCUUCCUGCCCCCCUCGAGCCCCAGCUCCGUAAUAAGCCAUAGACCCGGGGGCGGGGGGCCCCCCCUUCCCCCGAACCCCACAGACCGUGACUCCAGGAGCAGCCAGGCAGAACUGCCCGGCCUCUGGCCUCCUCUGGGGUUUAAAAAAAAGGGACUUACCGUCAGGUCGGGCCUAAAAUAGACGCCCUGCGUGGGCCUCAUGCCUGCCUGGGGAGGCCUGGAGACCAGCUCUGGACCAGCCAGUUUGGGGAGGGCGUGUUUGGCCGCAAGCCGGCGACACCCCAGCACGCUCCGGUAAGAGUCCGCCGGGCCGGGGGGCCCCUGGGCAGGCCCUCCCUCUGAACGCCUCCCCCAGAGAGCCGGCUCUGCCGAGAAGCGAAACCCUGGAUGGGUGCCGGGGCGGCCGCUUCAGUGGUGGCCGGGGCGCGCGGAGUUCCCCCAGGAAGUCAGCCAUAGCUCCGUUUCCCCUGUGAGCCCCACAGAGACCUCCCUACCCCCAGAUCCUCUUUUCUAGUACAAGCCAGCGAGGUCGAGUUGUUGACCACUUUCUGAGCCUCCCCGCCUCCCUCCUUAGUGUCCUCGGGGUGGGCUCUCCUCCCGGGACGCGUGGCCAGACGCUCAGCGAGCCUCCAGCGCGGCCAUGCCCGGGGUUCUUGGCUUUCUUUGGGGCCGGGUUUUUCGAGGCCUUUGCUUUUCAGAAGUUGUUGUUCCUUUUUUUCUCAAAGAUGGAAGGAGGCCGGUUGGGGAAAGUUAGAUAUGCAAUAAACACUUAGCUGGCA